AUGUUAGCCGAUUCCAAGAAAGAUUCUGAGAUAUCAUUUUCCCCUGUUCACAAUCGAUCGACUCGUCAGAUUCCCAUGUCACCAAUGCCCGGACCGAUGCCUAUGCCUGGUCCAGUUCCCAUGAAUGUACCAGGUCCUGGUCGUGGGUAUUAUCCCCAGUAUAUGGGACAACCUUACAUGGGACAAGGCAUGCCGAUGGCUACACCCAUUCAAGGUCCGAUGGGCAUGAUGCCAAUGAUGCAGCAGGGUGGACCCGGAAUGCCAAUGGGAGGUGGAGCUGUGGGUGGAACCAGCAUUAUUGUGGAACCUUUGGUAAUACUGCCAAUGGGCAUUGGUGGAGCAACUGGUACUGGAGCUAAUCCCAAUCAGUAUUACGGAGCAAAUGGUGCAUAUCCCACUUACAGCAACUACAAUCCCUACAAUGCGUACACCACAGAACGGCCUAACUAUGACUACAACAAUUAUAACAAUAAUAAUAAUAAUAACUAUAAUAAUUACAACAAUAAUACUGGCAAUAAUAAUUACAACGAUUACAACGGUUAA